GCCACCAUUUUCCAGCACUGCCAUUAGCCAUCGGCGUCUUCAUUCCUACGUUUUUGCGACUUGACUAGUUUUUGUGUAAGAUUUUAUUAUGUCUCCGAAGGCCAAAAAGAUGAAGAUGGUGGUAAAGAUACCGCGACACCCGUACUUCAAUGUCCAGAGUGACAGCAUGCAGGAGCACAUGCGGUCUGUGGAGUACCAGGUGCGGAAGUGCCGUGUUAACCUCGAGCGCAUUAAGUCUUCGAAUCCUGGGGCCUCAUCUGCCCAUUCCUGUCCCUUCCCACUCAAACCAAAGCCCAAACGAUGCAUUGUACGUGUCGCCAGACUACCGGAUGUGGAGCGCAGCGAGAUUUCCGUAACCCCAGCCAGUUCCAUAAUGAACUCUGACUUCGACGAGGGCAACUCCAGCGAAUAGGCGUGAGAAAACAAAGACUUGACAUUGCCCAGCAUACAGAAGACUGGCAUCACCAAUCACAUCAUCAUCUGCACAAAACCCUAACAUAGUCAUACUUUCCCCAAUCAAGGGAGGGAAUCAUCUUUUAACGACGUCGGUUGUUGAUUCAAAUAUCGAGAGUUGUUUCAGCGUCGAGACAACAACAAAUCGUAGCUUAGAAAAGUACAUUUAUACUUUACACAUUUGGCUAUACUUGAUGCUAAAUCAAUGUUUUUGUUCUUUUUAUCAAAGAAGUUAUCUAUGAAAAGUGGAAAUUACUAGAACACAGAAACAUUUAUUGACAUGACCAAAUCUCCUUUUGUGUUCUGAGUUUAAAAGUUAUAAUUUAAAAUAAACAUUAUUUUCUAGUAA